UCCCUGUGGUUCCUGUGAAGCCUCUAGGGGAGGACCAGUACGUACCUAUCGCCGAGCAAUGGUCACUCAAAAGCACCGUUAACAGCAGACAGAUACCACUGGGCUUUUAUGGUCGGACCCAAAACUGACGAAUCAGGAGCGGAUGGCAAAUUGUACUGUAUGGUGCCAAACCGGCCUGGUGACAUCGAUCCCGACGGACAUUAUUAUGUAGAACGCCCCAACUAUCGUCCAGAGAUACCACCCGGCCAGGCGAGGGUUCGUGUGUUGAUUGGAAAGGUCGCGAAUAUGCGACGCUUGGUACAGACGAUCCACACAGCACCCUGGAGAAACGAAGCGCUAGGGAUGGACUGUGCAGAGUGGGUCCAAACUGUUUUGGAAACGCUAAGAACCAAGAGAAGUAUUAUGGGAACCAGCGCCCUCGAUUGGCAAACAAUAAGGGCCACGGGAAUGGAGUUCAUUCGGAGGAAAGUAGAUGUGCGUCGCUUCGAUGCAGAAACUCGUGCGACCAACGCGGAUUUUCUAUACCUUCCGACAUAUGAUUUGCUCCAGGAUAGGGAGACCAUAGCUUGAGCUGCCCGACUAAGCGGUCCGACAAGACGACACGGCAGUGCUUCUCCUACCUCAGCAUCUUCUCGGGACGCUUUGAGAAAUACAUGCAGGUGACGAGGGCGCCGACUGACCUGGAAAAGCUCUUGAUGCAUUCAGAAAAUCUCGGGCAUCAGCGUCUCAACU